GUCACAGAAGUAAUGCCAGCCCACCCCCCUCACAGCGGGAGAGGGGGGUUGAACCACACGUGGAAACGGAUCUGUCCCGAGCAGAAAAACAUUACUGAGAAGCUAUCUCCUGCUGGAAGUGCUUAAAAGAUCUGCUCCAUAUCAGCCCUGAAUAAUUCAAAGAUAUCCGACAAUGGAAGAUGGCAGGGAAACAGCAGCGAUGAGACAGCAAAAAAGGAAGGAUCGACAAAUAGAUCGGUGGUGUCACACAAUUGAUGAUACUGAAGCCUUGGAGAAUACAGACAGUGACAUUGGCUUGUGUGGUUGGAUCUUGGUGAUUUUCUCCAUCCUGCUCACAUUGCUGACCCUGCCUCUCUCCAUAUGGAUGUGCAUUAAGAUAGUGAAGGAAUACGAAAGGGCGAUUAUCUUUCGUCUUGGACGCAUUUUACGAGGAGGAGCCAAAGGACCAGGUCUUUUCUUCAUCUUGCCAUGCACGGACAGCUUUAUCAAUGUGGAUAUGCGCACCAUCACCUUUGAUAUCCCCCCUCAGGAGGUGCUGACAAAGGACUCUGUGACAGUGAGUGUAGAUGGUGUAGUCUACUACCGCGUACAAAACGCAACGCUGGCAGUUGCCAACAUCACAAAUGCUGAUGCAGCCACUCGUCUGUUGGCACAGACCACCCUGAGGAACGUGCUGGGUACAAAGAACCUGGCAGAGAUCCUGUCUGACCGGGAGGAAAUCGCCCACAGUAUGCAGUCCACUUUAGAUGAUGCCACAGAUGACUGGGGUAUUAAAGUGGAACGUGUGGAGAUUAAGGACGUCAAACUGCCCCAGCAGCUCCAGAGGGCCAUGGCGGCUGAGGCUGAAGCAACCAGAGAGGCCAGAGCUAAGGUGAUAGCUGCUGAGGGAGAAAUGAAUGCGUCACGAGCACUGAAGGAGGCAUCUCUGGUGAUCGCAGAGUCCCCCUCUGCUUUGCAGCUGCGCUACCUCCAGACCCUUAACACCAUCGCAGCCGAGAAGAACUCCACCAUCAUUUUCCCUCUGCCCAUUGACAUGAUGCAGUCCUUCAUGAAGCACUGAACUAAGAGCCACGUGAAGCAACCUACACACACGCACACAUACAUACAUACAGAUGCAUCCAUGCAGUAAUGAACAGACUGACGUUAUAUAACAUGCACUCAUGUGAGUAUACCCGGUGCAGCCGGGUCCAGAAGUCUGAGACCACAUUGAAUUCUGGUAUUCAUUGUUGGAAAACUUAAAUCUAAGAAACAUCAUUACGUGAAAUGAAGAUGAAGUAUUUGAGGUUGUGUUUGCAAGUCACUAAUUAAAAAAGAGAAAAUUGGUGAUCAUGUGACUCUGUACAGAUGGUCAGAUGUUCAAGAUGCUCUUUGGAUCAUCUCAAAUCAUGCUGGAGAACAUGAGCAUCAAGUUUAACACAAAUUUGUGGAGUUCAUGCAGCUUGAGUGCUGCUGUUGUUAACAUGAAAUACAGGUAAAUCCUGAAACCCAUGUACAUUUUUUAAUUUUAACCACUCAAAUUGUUAUUAUAAUAGUAUACUAUAUUAGAAACAUGCACAAUAUAAAUGUUUUCACUAGUGGUCUCACUUUUGGACCCUACUGUACAUACACCACAUACACACUCUGACCUGUAGAUGUUCCUAGUAAAGACCUGUUCACUCUGUCUGAAGGAAAUCUGAUACAACCAAACAAUAUUAAAGUCAUAAAAUAUUUGCUAAAUAAGAUUCCAAUUUUAAAUAAUUUCCUGCCCUUGAACAAAAAAAUCACAUUGUUGCCUUUUCAACUUUUUUUCAUACUUACCAUACCAAAAUUUGGACUUACAAAUUGAGAGCUUUUUGGAACAUCUUCUGGUCAUAUGAGUGCAUGUGUGUUUCAGGCACAUGUAACCUAACCUUGAUUGUCAAAUAGAUAAUAAACCAUCUAAAGGAAUAUUUAGAUAGUAUCAGGUGUCAAAACAUGGAACUGAGAGCAGUGCUUAAUGUGCCUACCAGUUUUUCUUGCUUUCUUAAACCUUUAUUAAUGUUGACUGUCAAUAUAAAAGCCUUAAGCCAUAUCCAUUUCAAUUACUGAAUUAAUAUUUAUAGCUUUACAUGAUGGUUGAUUUUUAAAACCACAAUGCAUUUAUUCAUCCAUUUAAUGUCACAUUAAUAUUUUAUCACUUGAUUUAUAAAUUCCUCUAUCUUACUAUUUUAUCUACCAGACAUUUACAUACAUGUAAUGUAAUAUUUUACAUCAGAUUGCAGCUGAAAACAAAUUAAGGCUAUAGAGGUCAAUGUUUGUGCUUUUAAAGACUAUUUGCUGCUUCAAAUAUCAGAGGAUGGAAUUACAGACUUGUCAAAAGAUGUGAAAUUACUGUCAGUGCUGCUUAGGACUGUUUAAGAUUUCAACAACAUUUCCAAAUAUUUGUAUUUUCAUCAUGUAUCAGUCUAUUACAGUUCUAUAUGUAAUUGUUUAUUCUCUCAUUUAACUGAAUAUCACAUCUGUUGUUUUGUCCAACUCACUUUUAUGUACAUUGUAAUACUUUUUUUGUUUGAAUAUCAUAUAUUUUUGAUGUGUGACUGUCCCAUUCCCUUUAGUAAAUCAUAAUGUGUAAUAUAAUCUUUCUCAUGACGUAUAAGUACAUUUACCUCAUUAUUUUCCAGACUGCUAUAUGAUGCAUAAAUCAGUCUUUGAAGAACACUCUUGAAACCUUUCGGGGUUGUGGUUCUUUAUUGUA